AUGGCUUCUCCACGAAUGCAAUCACACAUGCUUUCCAUUUUGGUCAUAUUUCUUUGUGUUUUUAAAACCUAUGUUUCUGGUCAAUUUGCUAACUUUAAUAAGUUAGUGUUACCUCCGGGUGUCACCGGCCCUGGUUCAAUCACAUUUGGAGGACUUCUAGCCAACGGGCCCUUCACAACCGUCACUGAUGGCAGGAUUUUGAGAUGGGCAGGCCCUACCAUCGGUUUUGUGGACUUCGCAUACACUUCACUAGCAAGGACAAAACAAUUUUGUGAUGGUACAACAGAUCCAGAGAAAGGGCCAAUAUGUGGACGACCAAUUGCACUUAGCUAUCACCCUAUAACCGGGUUUCUUUACAUAGCUGAUGCAUUUUUUGGACUUCUAGUUGUGGACCCCACCGGAGGGCUCGCAACUCAACUUGCCGGAGGAUUUAAGUAUGCUAAUGGCAUAGACAUUGACUUAUUAACAGGAAAUGUUUACUUCAGUGAUGGUAGUUUGACUUAUGAUAUUAGAGAUAUUACCAAACCAGGAUUUAAGCCAGAUUCAACCGGGAGGUUAUUGCGUUACAGCCCAGUUACCAGAGAGGUGUCAGUUUUGCUGAGUGGUCUCUCUGGCGGUGGUGGUCCUGCCGUGAGUGCGGAUGGUACAUUUGUUCUUGUACCUGAGAUUAAUGCUAAUCGGAUUUCUAAAUAUUGGUUGGUGGGGCCCAAAGCAAAUACGGUGGAAGUUUUGCUACAUACCACAGGGAAUCCUAAUAAAAUAAAGCGAGCAGAAAGAUUAGGAGAGUUUUGGGUUGGAAUUUCGGUUGGAUAUAUUCCAAGAAUGGCUGUCAUUCAACCUGAAGGGGUGCGAUUUAAUUCAAAUGGGGUGGUGUUGCAAACGGUGUCGUUUGCUAAAGAAUAUGUUAAUGUGCCGGUUAGUUUGGUUCAAGAACGGAAUGGAAAACUCUAUGUGGGGUCUCGUUUCACCAAUUUCAUUGGUGUGUACUCUAACUAG